AUGGGGUUCCUAUUAUUUACCUGGAUCGUGCGGCUUCUUCUCUCUAGUUUCACACCCGCGCAGUCUUUUGUGGUGUCGGAGGUUAAUUGCUCUAUCGCGGACGAGGCUCAGAAUGCAUCGGUGACGUUAAAUUGGAAGUUAUUUGAUGGCGACGUCGCCUACACGAGAAUUUCUCACUCCAGCGAAGCUCUACUAGGCGCUACUUCUUCUGUAUCUGACCGCCUCUUGAUUCUCGGUGGUAUUGAAUACGAAUCCGCUCAACCUGUGGUCGACAGCCCAGUAUUAGUCUACAACACAGCGUCAAAUAUGUUCCUCAAGCCGCAGGACCAAAUCCUCUCAGCCGUGUCUGCAGCGUAUCAACCGUCUUCGAUUGAGACUGUGUUCACGUCCCCAGCGAGUCGAGCUGAACACGCUUCGUUCAUUGACCAGGACGGAGCUGUGUUUGUCUUCGGUGGGCGAAGUCGAGAUUUUGCCAAUGAUACGUGGCGAGGGUGUCUCGAUUCCAGCUCCACUAACGUGGUUUGGGACGAAUUGGUCACUGCCACAGACGCCACUACCGUCGCAGCGACUCCUUCGCCUCGUAUCGGUCAUUCCUUCACCAAAGUGUUCGAAAACAGUACAAUGAUUGGUGCUCUAGUCUUUGGAGGGCUAUCAGAAGCCUACGUAGAGCUAAGUGGACUGCAUUUGGCCUUCAUUUUAAAAGGUUCUUCCUCUUCAGCAGCGUGCACAAACCGAGGACCGAAACUCGUCUGGAGGAUGCUAAAAGCUGGGCCUUUGACAGAUAAUGGCGCAGUUCCAACUGCUCGAGCGUAUCAUGCAGCCAUGACAUCGUCGAAAAUCUUCACGUCCUUGAAACUCAAGUGUGUCAUCCUCCACGGGGGGAAAAGUGCGAUCGAAGGAGUCAUUUUCAACGAACUGUGGAGGUUGUGUCCUUCGGUACCCCACGUGUCGGUACCAGUGGAGAGAAUGAACUAUACAUGGGAGCUACUGACAGAGAUCGGAACUACACCUGGUGCUCGAUACGGGGCCAGUAUCUCUUUCGUAGACGAAGGCAAACUCGCUCUCGCUGGAGGUUCCUACACGUUUCCAAGCGAUUUCCUUAGCGAUACAUGGGAGCUCAACGUCAAUGCCACGCAGUGGAUUCGACUUUCCUUCUCUGAAGACUACACUCCUCCACGCCGAGGCCAUACACUCUCCUUCUUCUCGACAGCUGCGCGGUUGUUUCUCUUCGGGGGUAGAGAUCGCUAUGCUGUCGUCAAGAAGAGGAUGCAAGCUGCUUAUUACGGUGCUCCGUUUUGUGCGGCGGGUCUCAAGAUCACCUUCUGUAUUGCCACGUCCAAGUAUGUCUGUAUCGCGUGUCCUGCUGGUUCCUAUCUGGAAAGCGGUUCCCGUAAGUGUCUUCUGUGUCCACCAGGAACCUUUUCGUCUGCGGGGUCGUCAGAGUGCACGACAUGCCCACCUGGAACCUUCAGUACUGAAAUCGGUAAAGACAGCGAUUCUCCAUGCACUUCGUGUCCUUCAGGGACCUUUUCUCAAGCUAUCGGUGCCGUGUCAAGCGCUGCGUGUAAUUCUUGUAUAGCUGGCACCUUCGCAGUAUCCCCCGGGUCGAUGUCUUGCUCCAGUUGUGCGGCUGGGACAUUUUCGAGUGCCAACGCGUCGACGUGUUCAGUGUGCGCUCGAGGCAAAUGGAGUGGCGUUGGAGCUGGAGGUUGCACUGAUUGUGCUGCUGGCACGUACGCCCCAAGUACAGGAUCGACUGCGUGUUUCUCCUGCCCAAGAGGAUAUUUCAGCAAGACUGGUGACGUCGCCUGUUCGGCCUGUUCGGUCAAUACGUACAGCUCGGCGGUUGGGGCUUCAGCUUCAGAUUGUCACGUGUGUCCCUCGUACGCGUUCACAACUUCCAGUGGACAAAUCUUAUGUAAAAUUUGUUCUCCUGGCUCGUCCUGGACGGGAAGUAUGUGUCAGCUGUGUAGUAAAGGGUACUACACCUCAACCGCUACCAAUGGAGCAUGUCUUGCAUGUCCAAAAGGGUCAUACACGUCAGAUUCUGGCUCUACGCAGUGUCAAAUUUGCCCAACUGGAAUGUUCACAAGCGGCACGGGAGUUACGAACUCGAGCGACUGUCAACUUUGCGCCGCUGGAUCAUUUUUCAAUGGAGUAGCCUGUCAGACUUGCGGUACUGGGACGUAUCCCGAGCCGAGGGGCUUCUGCUCACCUUGUACUCCUGGCAGUUACUACCCCGGCGGAGUAAUGUCUAGUUCUUUAGACACUUCGUUAGGCUGUACUUCCUGUCCGUCGAUGAGUUAUAGCGGACUUGGAGCCACUGGCUGCUCUGUCUGUGGGGACAGAAGUUAUUCCAUGGAGGGAUGGAGGAGCUGCAUCUCCUGCGGCAUAUCUCAGACAUCGUUACCCGGUUGUGUCACUGGUCGCAAUGGUCUCUUGUGCUCUGGGAAGGGAGAUUGCGUCUAUGGAGGGUGCGCCUGUACCUCUGGCUGGGUGGGUGGGGACUGUAGUUUGCCUGUCGACAAUACUGCCAUGACAGGAGCUGCAGCAGUUCUGUUCUUCCCUGAUGCGCCAUUUCAGCUGAUUAACGCGUUGUCAGCAUCAGCACCAAGCGACAUCCAAGUGAAAGUGGCUCGAUCUGGGACCCUCAAUUCUCGACUGCAGGCCAUGAUCACCUGGAGCUCGAGCGAUUUCUCUGCUAGGCCGUCGUCGCUGCCUUUAAUACUCGAUUUUUCUUCGGGCGAAUCUCAAAAGAUCAUCCAGAUAUCCACAACGCAACUCUCACCAAGAAGUGGCUGUCGAUUUUUUACUUUGUCGUUGAAAGACGUCACUGGAGGAGCUAUUAGCGCCGUAUCGUCCGAUUUGGACCGUGUCUUGACUGUAUACCUUGACGACAUAAACGGUGUGUCGGGUGGAGUGACCGGGAGAGCUGUAACCUCAACGUAUUCACGACAGAUCAAUGGCACAGCGAUAGCUGCAGUGGUGUCGGAUCGUCUGGUAUCGACACAGGUAACGCUAUCUCCUCAGACUACGGGAGUGUCACUACGAGACCUCCCAAUGAAUCUGCUGAUAGCAAUCGAUUUUUCCGCUUCUUAUGUGCCUUCUUUCAUCAACUUGCUCCCCGCCAUCGUCGCUCAGCUGCAGAUUGUCUACCGAACUAUACCCGAUGGCGUUCGACUGGGUCUCGUAGAUGGCACUGCCAAGCCAACUGCAGCGUUUUACUCUGAUCUUGUGGACUUCUUCGACGCUGUACAAGCACUCGCUGCAUCAAGCGUCGGAAAUGCGCCAGUAGAUUGGGACUAUGUAGCAGCAGGCUUAGCGGCAAGUUAUCAAUCGUGGCCUUCAACUGACCGUCGACAUCUGCUUAUCAUUGCAGGCGACGCUCUUGUUGGCGACGGAUACGUCACUCUUCCGUCUACAUUGCUGGACCAGUUGCGUUCCCAGAGUGUCUUUGCAUUUAUACUAUCUCAGACACAAGUUACUUUCUCCAAUGGCAGCGACGUGAUCAAGAGUGUGGCGUUCGGUACAUCACCAGCCAUUCCUGUGACACUUCGCCAAGCAUUUGAACAGAAGGAUAGUGCUCUACCCUCGAGCGUGAACCUCCUCAACGACUCAGCUAAACUGGCAUCUUCUGCCCAAGUGAUAGGAUUCUCCAGUGGCUCGAACUCCCUCCCCGUCAUUCGCGUUACUAUGGAGCCUUUUCCACCAACGGCACAACUCCAGGCUGUCACGAUUGGUGUACCGGGUGGGCCGUUGCUAAUCGUUUCAGUAAACGAACCUGGACACGCUUGCUUCCCACCAACACAGACAGCUCCAGUUGACUCGCUCCCGCUGAGUGGAUGGGCUGAUGCGUGGCAUCUCGCAAGCUUAUUCGACAUCAAACGUCUCUGGAAGACUUCUGCGCAACUGGCGAUACGCGAAGACACUUCGCUACUGCGUAAAUCAACCAGCACUGUUCUGUCAGUCUGCGACUCAGUAUCGACGCAGUUUAGCUUAGUGAGAACGUACCCGGGCUCGUUAUUUGCUGCUGGGUUGUCGUUGAUCUCUCGUGGAUACUGGAAGUCUUUUGAUAGCAAGACGGCCUGUGAAAUCCUGCUCACUAUGACUGGUACCAACACGAGUCUAGAGGUCUACAACAAAGUUCCGUUCGCCUCCCGAGUCGUCCCAGGUGAGUGGAACUAUGGCUUCUCGCAGAUCAUUAUUCCCUGGGAGCUGAGCAGUCUGAUUGUUGCUCUAAAAUGCAACACGUCGGCUCCUGGAGAAGUUGUCGAAUGGGCGGCACUUGGACUGCUCCCUGACCCCGACUUCGCCUGCAAGUGUCCUCGUGGCUUCUAUCAGGACUCUCUCUCUGACUCGAACGACGAGGGUAGAGCUUGCAUACGUUGCGCUGCGGGUUCAUACUGCACUGCUGGGAUCAAACGACAGUGUCCGGAUGGCACGUUUUCCUUCGGAAAAGCAGCUUCUUGCGAGGCCUGUCGGGAUGGCUGGAUUUGCACCGACGGACUGGCACGACUUUGUGACCCAGGAACGUACUCAACGCCUUCAUUUACCUGUAAAAUCUGCCCGAGCGGCUACGCGUGUCGAAACGGGAAGAAAUAUGUGUGUCCAGUGGGCACGUUCUCGCUAAGACAAGCUAGUGAGUGUCAGAGUUGUCCUCCAGGCACAAUUUCUCGCUCGGAAGGGUCGUCCACUUGCGAACUCUGCCCACUUGGAUGGACAUCCAACCAUCAGCGUGGCCACUGCGUCUCUUGUCUGCCUGGCGAAGCAACUCUAUACACAGGACAACACCUUUGUUCUUCCUGCGCUGCUUCAGCCUUUCCGAUCCGCAACCAACCUGAGGUGUGUCUCGAAUAG